AUGCGGCAGAAACGGAGUUGCGAGCAUGUCGGAUCGCCAUGCAAGCACACCAGAUCAUUCCUGGACCUCCCGACUGGAGUGCGGCGCCGAAUCUACGAGUUGGCAGGACUGAUCGUUGGCAGAAGGAUCAACUUGGUGCCCGGGCGCGUAGAACUUCGUGGUGGCGUGAUGCCUCGCCUGGACCUUUUCCCGUCUGCCGACUAUCCAGAAGAAUUCUACCGCUUCAUUCGCAGCGUCCUGCGGGUAUCUCGGGCGGUACACGAUGAAGUCAUUGCCAUCCUCCUCUCCCAGAAUGCGCUGGUGGUGCCGCGACAGACUGCGGCGUACGGACUGGAUUUCCUCCGCCGACUCGCUCCCCGACAUUGUUACCACAUAACAGACUUGUAUGUCUAUCUGAACUGUCACAUUACGGGGCAUAUACUGGCUGCCUGGGAAAACGCGGCUGCCCACGUCUUUUCUCAUGGGAGAUCAGAUACGCUGAAGCUGCAUCUCACCUGCGAGACUUCCGUUACCAACGACAGAACACUCAACGCUGUCCUCGGCCGCUCUAUGACUUCCCAGGAGCUUUGGCAGACUGCGAAAUUCGAUUUCUUGGGAAAAGACGAAAGAGCCACCUCUGCGCGCUGGCCCGGGAGGCAGCCUGUCAUGCGAUGGGCAGCAAUAGUACCGAACCGGCCUCUCGACAAGGAGUUUUCCGCUUCUGCGAUCUCCCUGAAGAGCUUCUGCGAUCGAUCUUGGAGUACACAGAUCUUGUUACGCCCUUUAAGGAGGUCCAAUGGAACCCCCGAAUGGGCUACUACACACAAUUCAUCGGAAUAUACUGCGGCCGUGACGAGGACCACGACGAGUCUCAUGAUGGCUGUCGAUUCAGGUUCUGCGAGCCGCCUGGUCGUGCCUGGGAAAUUUGGAUCGUUUUGCGGCACCGUUUCCAGCUCGUACUCGCGCCAAUGUCACUGCUGGCUGACCCCCGCAAGCCUGAUGCUUGUGUGUCGUAGCAUGUACGACGAUGCUCAGGCUGUGUUUUACUCUCAGAAUCGCUUGAUAUGCAGUCCUGAUGCGGAUGCACACCGCGUAACCCGAUAUCGUCCCACUCGCGACCGGUUCAUAUACAGUUCAGAUCGGGGUAACCGCCUCAGUGCCAGCUCAGCCUACAGGGGAUUCGACGCAUCGAGGUUCAUCACGAGACUUAUGUGGCCCAGCACGCUGUAUCACCUCAUGUUUCUUGAGCUUGUCUUCCCACCUGUUGAGCUGCUAUGGUGUCCAGCGUCGGAAGACCCUAUCUACCGUGACUGGCUAUUCGCCAUCGACCAUCUCGCAGCCAACGCCAACGUGGCCAACCUCACGCUCAUAGUUCACAUGUCCACCGCGACCAGCUACUUCAUCGACCAGGACUACAAAAAUCAUAAACGGCACAUGGGAGACGUUCCAGCCUCAGCCCACGCCAAUACUUACCCCGUUACGAGUCCUGCGCGGCCUGAGUCGCUUCUUUCUCUACCUCGAGGCGACCUGGCAUUACUCGCCCAAAUGUUGGCCUGA